AUGUUUCCUAGGGUUGGCGGACCUAGAUCCUCCCCAUUCUCAGUGACAGCCAACUGCGUCAAAGCGGCCUAUCUCCUCACGCCGGAUGGACUUGAUCCUAGACGAGGUGGAGAGACGUUGGAGCUUCUUGGGACACGAUCAGAAGUGGUCUUCUUCCUCGCCUUAUCUCUUGUCACCUCUCGGCCCUGUCCGAUCUUCUUGUUCUCUCUCUCUAUCUCUCCUUGCCCUCCCUCCCUUUCCGCCUUCGAUCUCCGUCGGUCGGGCGCUUUUUUCAAUCCACACCAUAGGAAAAGAAAAGAAACCUAUGUCCCCCCUGUUUUUCCCCCCUUCUUUUUGACCUAG